AUGGAGACGACAUCUGCCUACAAGGUGUUCACCAAUCGUACCAGUUAUUUUGCGGCUUCCGCAACCUGUGAAAGUGACGGUGGCAGGCUGGCUUCCAUCCAUAACGCUUACACAAACAAUUUCAUACAACAAAUGGCCGAAAAGGAGGGCAUCCUCGUUUGGCUUGGUCUAAAAUGUUCCGAUUCGGUCGCGAAGAACUGUCAAUGGGACGAUGGCAAGGGCCCUUCGUACCCAUAUGAUGCCUUCUACCCAGGAAAUCCGAGCGUAACCGGGAGCUGUGUACUGAUGAUGAUUGGAGGACCAGCUGAUGGCAAAUGGAUCAGUGGUGACUGUGACAAUAUGCAAAUCGGCUUCGUUUGCCAAGUCAACAAACAAGAUUCUUGUGGAGAUUUCAUCGAAUAUGGUGCUGAGUGCUAUCGUGCAUUCGAUCAGCAGCUGUCUAUGUCUGCUGCUGAGUCGACUUGUGCUGAACAUUGUGGCCACCUGGCCUCCAUCCACGAUCAUGAUGAGAAUACGAUGAUCGGUACGUUGUUCGGAGCCGACGCAAACUACGCAGCAAUCGGCCUUGUGAGGCAAAACAGUGGGUCGUAUAACUGGACAGACAACACCGACUAUGACUACAACAAUUUUGGCAACAGCAACCCAGCGUUCGGACAGUGUGCGGGCGAUGUCUUUAGUGAAUGA